ACAGUAAUUUUAUAUUUGAAGAUCAGCGUCCCCCACACUGGAUAUAAAAUUUUGUGAUGUAUACUUGCAGUUGUAGGUUUUAUUAAAAAUGAAAUUCCGUACCACGAACCAUCGCCUCCCAGGAGAGACUGGUCGAUGGUUUAGUACACUGUGAUAGUGAAAGUACGGACGGUUUUAUAAUUUUCAGUCAAUUGGAGCUAUUACGGACUUUCAUGAAUUGGGCAUAAAGAUUGGUCGUGAAGAUGAAGUCGUCUCUUUCACCAGAUUAGAUUAGUGGAAUGAAAGACAGAAUUGAAAUAUGAAUUGAAAGAGAUUGUUUUUGAUGAAUAUUAGAUUAUAGUGCUGGUAAUAAAACUAUGAGAUGAACCAUGGCAGAUGACAUCACACAAACUGGUCAGAGUAUACUGAAUGUGUUUGGCUUAAAGAGCACUCUCAAUGACUUUGGAGAAAUUUUCUACAACAUCUUCCUUUGGGCCUUGUUCUCCUGUGUUCUGGUGCAUAUAAUUGCGGCUGCUAUAGCAUUUUGUCGACUUCGUCAACACAAGAUUGGUAGAUGGAUGCCUGUCCUGAUCAUUGUUAUGGGGUUUCUGUCGCCUCUGACGGGUGGAGCUAUAACAAGUGCUGCUGUAGCAGGCUUUUAUCGUGGAUCAGACUUUAUUUUGGAACCAGAGUUUGCCAUGUGUUGGGGAGUGGGACAAACUGUUGUACUGGUCCUGGUCUCAUUUACCAGAAUAUUGCCCUCCAUUUAAUCAGUUUCUACAAAAUUGAGUGCAUAAAAAAUUAUGUGUGUCUUGUUGAGGGUAUUAUUCUGAACAUUGUCAUUUUAUGUGCAUUUUUGAGGUCAGUGCUUGCAGGUUAUUAUUCUGACAUGGCUGUAAUGCAGUGAAUUGGUAAACAAAAAUUUCCAAUUUUAUUAUUUAGAUGGUUCUUAAAAUACAGUCAAAGCUCAUUAUUUUGAACUUGAGACCGAAAAAAAAAAUCGAGAUAUCCGAGGAUUUGAUAUAGAGGGUAAGAUAAGUGUUUGAGACUUUGAAAUCACUUCAACAUAUCCAAGGUAUUCGAGAUAUCGGAGUUCAAGAUACCCAACUGUGAUUUAUAGAUAUAGUGACUGUAACAACUGUGCUGAUCUGUGCGUGAUGAGGACGUAUUGCAAUCAGUAUGAACUUGAUGAAUGUAAUCAAUGUUGUGUAACUAAUCAUAGCCAGAAAUGUUCGUAUUGCAUAAUACAGAACACUGUAUUGUAUUACAAUAUACUGAAUAAGAAUAAAGAAUUCAUCAAAAGUU